UACAUAUAUAUAUAUUUUUUUUUUUGUGUGAAUUUCUCCGGCUACAGUCGUGAGUACAGACACUUAGUGGUACACCACACCAAUAUUAAAUAAAACACUUGUGGUAACGCAAACACUGUUAGGGUUCAUGUAUAACUUACCUAUUUCACAGUGAUGUUACUUAUGUGGAAAUUAAAAUAAUUUAGUUCGCCUCUUAAAUAUCGUUUUCUUUUUCAGAUGGACGAAGCGCCCGCUCUCGUUUUCUCUCAAGUGUUUAGGGAUAACUAGAAUAAUUUCAUUUCUGUCCCUCAACUAACUUAAAAUUUUCAUGCUUCUAACAGUAUUAACCAUUCUUUCUUUAAAGGUGGAGGCGCCUUUGGACGAUGAAAACGUAAUGUAAGUGUGUAAUUAAUACCUAUUUAAGGAAGGUUAAUAAUACCACAUUUAUGGCUAAAGCUAAGUUAGCUGAAGUUUAUGAAACGGAGUGUCAUUCCCAAGUGGAGAAUAGUGAUACUAGAUCAUCAGAAGAAUUAUCAACGGAACAAAAACCCACUACAGUGGUAAAUACCGUGUCUCAUGAGGAUGAGAACGUGUUGAUUACAAGAUAAGGAAAUAAAUACCCAUCAUUAUCAGUAGCGACCAUGUCUAACGCUUCUGCUUCUGCCUCUAGUGGCUCUCCUAAUACCUUGCAUGUAUCUGCUACAAUUAAGGGACUUCCUAUUCCUGAACCAAUAUCAGAAUUUCGUGGAGAAAGCCCGCAAGAACGGGCUCAUGACUUCAUCCGUUCGUGUGAGGAUGUUAUGAGAUCAAAUCCUAUCACAGAUGAAGACAAGAUCUUUUUCGUCAAGUCCAAAUUGGCUGGAGAAGCAUCACGCAUGAUGAAUACCAGCGCUUUUAGUCCGCGUGAAAUAGGGACUAGUUAUGCUAAUUUCAAGAAAAAUUUCUUGAAAAUUUUUGGGAAUAAGAGCCAAACUGAUCUUAUGGCACUAGCAUCCAAGGUGAGUGUUAGGUUAGCAGCUGAAGCUAACUCUCUUCAUGAAAUGAAGGCACUAAUUCCGACACACCAGUUCGUGACAGACUACAUGGACGUCUUACAGCUUAACAAUUGGUUCCAAGGAGACAGUAUGACAGAAACAAAUUUCAGAAGACUUCUGGAAUUUAUCUUUUACAUGGCAUUGGUGAAUGAGGAAGUGAGGAAAAACGCAAGUUAUUUCAGUUUUAAGCCGGGAGACACAGUAGCUGACCUUGCAGUCUUGAUUAGAGAAAAAAAGGGGCUACCUGGUUCUUCCCUGGAAACUCAAAUCUCACUGGUUGCUCCACUAGUGAGUGACGACCAAUCCGAACCUUGUGCGGCAGCCAUGGCAAAGCCCGGAAAUGUCUGUUCGUACUGCCAUAAAAUAGGUCAUGUUGAAAAAAUAUGCUUUAAAAAACAAAAGGACCAGAAACUGGCAUCAAAUAAAUCUGAUUCAAAGAACAAAGCAAAAGGGAAUAAUCUCUCUGUUAGACCAAGAACAGGUGUAUCGCCCCAUGUGAACACAGGCAGGACAAGAUGCUACAAGGAUGUCACUACCCAAUACUGCAUCAUACAUGGCCAGUGUAAACACUCGUCAGAACAAUGUAAGGAUAUAAUCAAUAUGAGAAUUGAAAAACAGGUCAGAAUAGUACAAAGCAGUCGGGGGAAGACCAGCGCACUGUAGUAAACAAACCCGACUAAAACAUCUAAAUGCGCAAGAUGCUGAGGCAGCACAUUCUUCUGACAUGUCAGUGUAUUCAACUAUAAAUGCUGUCGACAACCAAACAGACAUAAUGCCAUUACCAAAUAGGGUAGGUAAGCAUCGCUUAUCUUUGGCUGUAGACACUGGAGCAACGGUAAACGUGAUCUCUGAAGAAUCUUACAAGAUUCUGAAACGGAAUUCACGCGGUGGUAAAUGGAUGUCCCGUCCAAGUGACUUGAAUCUUUCUGGUGUCACUGGAUCAGCCCUAAAAAUCCUAGGAAUAAUUUCCUUACCAAUAAGGCUAUCUAAGAAUACUCAUCCUAUUCAAACUGAUUUCUAUGUAGUCAGUAACUUUAAACUUCCUUCUGUCGGCUUGUUAGGGCUAAGAGCCAUGAAGUCUCACCAGAUAGUAAUCUAUCCAAAGCAAAAUACAGUCAUGUACUGCGGACGACAUCUGGAAGGGAUGAAACAUCCUGCACCUUUGGUUUCCAGGCAACCCAGAAACGGUUCUUUAUCACGGAAGGGACAAAGAUCCAAUGGGGAGCCUCAAACGAUUCCAUCUGUCCGGUCUCCUAUGAGAGAUAAGGAUAUAACAGAAGCAUGGAGGGAAGCAAAAGCAAUUGUCAAUUCCGAUUAUGACAUUCCUGCUCGUGUGGCAAAACGGAUUACAAUGCGUGUUCCAGAAGCUCCUGUAGGCAGUGACAUCUGUCUUGAAGGUAUAGGUAAUGUCAGGCGAUUGGCUGUUGAAUCGACUCUUUCCACAAUUAGAAAGGGUCAUGUCACUGAUGCCUUGGUGGUGAACACUACUGGAAGUUCUGUAAGGAUCAAACAAGGUCUUUUCCUUGGAAAGUGCCUGGUUUAUGACAAGAAAGUGGUACCAGAACCCAGUAUUCUGCCUGGAGCCUGCGUCUCCUCGGUGAGUCAGUCUGCUGUUGACACCGAGCUGGGGCAGGCGCCAACCCUAUGUUCGUUUGUCAAUGUUGUGGACUACCCCGAAAUGAGACCCGUGCUCUUGGACUUAUUGGGGAAGUAUUGCAACGUCCUGGCACUACCUGGAGAAUCCUAAGGUGUGACUGAUCGAGCGAAACACCACAUUAGGUUAAAACCAAACACUAAGCCAGUAUAUAUAUAUAUACCAGCUUAUCGUCUUCCUCAUAGUCAGAGAGCGACUGUAGAUGACAUGAUUCAUGACAUGAUUGACAAGGGAGUGAUUCAAGAAUAGUGCUCUCCUUGAAAUUCACCAAUCUUUUUGGUUCCCAAGAAAGAUAAAUCUUUCAGGCCGGUAAUCGACUUCCGGCGGGUUAAUGAUGUCACAGUGGAUGAUCAUUAUCCUUUACCUGUCCUGAGCGACCUUCUAAUGUCCUUAGGUCGUGGAAACAAAAUUUUCUCUAGUUUAGACCUGUUGUCAGGAUACUGGCAGUUUCCCUUACCCCCCACUUCACGGGAAAUAACGGCGUUCAGUACGCCUAGCGGCCAUUACGAAUGGUUACACAUGCCUUUUGGAUUAAAAUCCGCUCCGUUAACAUUCCGUUUAGCAGUAUUUUCACGGGUUUACCUGGCAAAACCGUGCUUGCAUACCUGGAUGAUAUAAUCAUCGCUAGUAAGGAUCAAGAGUCCCAUCUGGAGAGUUUAAAAUUAGUCCUCCAGAAGCUUGAAGAAGCUGGACUUAAAGCAAAGCUUUCUAAAUGGGAAUUUCCAAAAGCCAAAAUAAAAUUUCUUGGCCAUGUAGUCGAUGGUGAAGGAAUCCACACGGUGGAUGAAAAGGUCAUGGCUGUACAGAAGUUUCCUCAACCUAAAUCGGUGGAGAACGUCAGAUCUUUCCUAGGCCUUGCGGGAUAUUUCCGUCCUUUCAUCAAGAAUUUUGUUGCAAUUGCAUCCCCACUUACUAAACUCCUUAAAAAGGAUGUUGCUUCCCAUUGGGAGGCUGCUCAUGAGCAAAGUUUCAAUGAAUUAAAAUCACUACUAACCUGUACUUGCUUUCCGAGAGCAUUCAGAACCGUUCAUUAUUUGCACAGAUUCUUCUUCUCUAGGAUUAGGAGCAGUACUGAUGCAGACAGAUGCCAGAGGCAAAAACUAUGGAAUAGCAUAUGCAAGUUGUGUGCUUAAUUCAGCGAAGUCCAAUUACUCUGUCACUCAUCAAGAAACACUUGCUGUAGUUUGGGCUUUAAAACAUUCUAAGGACAUUAUCCUUGGAUACCCAAUGACAGUCUACACGGAUCAUGCACCCGUAACUGAACUGUUCAAAGGGAAAGAUUUAACUGGACGAGUGGCACGAUAGUACUGUACCAUCGUAUGGUGAAGAUAAAAAUCUUGCUUAUGAUUUAUCGACAAGUCCACAAAUUCCGGUUUACAACGUAGAUGACUAUGUUAAACAACAUAUGCAUGUUUUCAAAGAUAUUCAUGCUAAAGUCCGAAGUAGGCUACAAGCUUCUAGGGCAGAAAUGAUGACUCGACAACACAAACGUGUGACCCCCUGUCACGAUACAGGUUGGAGACAGUUAAAGUUCGUCAUCCAGACAGGACCUCCAAAAUCUCCCAAAAAUUUAGUGGUCCACGCUCGGUUGUUCGCCAGUUACAUGGUAACAAAUCUGAGGUGUAUGACCAUCUUCUUAACACUGUUGAGAUAGUACAUAAUGAUCAGCUUUUUGAAGACUAAUGCUCAGAUCGAUUCAUCAACAGAGAGUACUUCUGAUGAGGUUACAAACGAUAGUUCUACUAACACUACAAAGACACAUAGGUAUAACCUUCGCUCACGCAGCUAAUUGCCUGCAUUACUUACAGAUGGCACUGGGCCUCCUGGUUACCUACUUGAGCAUGCUGCAAGUGCUACAAGCGUCCACUGCGUUGCAUGUCAAACCGGGGGCUCUCACCACUCAUCUUGGGGAAGUAACCUUAAUAGAAGAUGUUCUUCUGGUUUGAUAUCCUUUUUCUACCUUAUUUUCCGUACCUUCGGACCUCAACACAGUCUCAAAAACUUUGGAUAACUCCUUACAGGAAUUGGAAUCCUUACUUGCUGAUGAAACGCAUAGACAGACGCAAGUUUUCUCUCAAACCAUAAUCAAAGCUUUAAAAGCAAGGGUAGAAUUCUUGUAUGGGAAAUUGAACCAAUCUCAGCAUGGCUACAACCUUCAUCCAGUGCACGCUCGUACCAAAGGAGGACUCAUAAAGGGGUUGGGACAAUUGUCUCAAUAUCUUUUUGGCACCACCUUGGACGACGAUGUACAGGAUUUAAGGAAACAUUAUGAUCAACUAAUAACGGUUGCAGCUACUAAUAAGAAGGUCCUGAACCUACAUCACAAUAAAAUAGUUAAAUUAGAAUCUAACCUCAAUGAGUUAUUACAGUACUCGAACGAUUUAACAACUGUGCUUGAUAAUGCCUUACAUAGUUUAGAUGUGAUAAAUCACGUUGUGGUUAUAGAUCAAGCUUUGCAUGUAUUUGAAACUUCCUUGGGUUCAGUUCUCUCCAUUAAUGAAGCGAUAAUUCGCAACAUGGAUGCUGUCAAUGGCAGGGUAACAACUUCACUAUUUCCUGUUGAGGAUUUGCUUCACAAAAUAGAAAUUGGUCAGUCAACCUACAAAUUGACACCAGUGUAUGCAGCGGACAUGAUCUAAUAUUACUAUCCAUUGCUAGAAGCUACCUUGACCACAGAUGCAAUAAUUGUAAACAUACCUUUUAAAUCUCAGGAUCAUUUUGAGGCCUAUGAGAUUAAACCUUUUCCAUUUUCCGUUAAUAAUUCAGUGAUGACAUUGGACAUGAAUCCUUCCUUAGUGCUAAUAGCCAAGGACUUUUCAUUAUACAGUAUACAAUUGGAGAUUUAACUGAAUUAAAACGUUGUAAAUCUUCAUACUUACAUUUGUACCAUUGUUCAAGUAUCCAAUUUGCCUUCUUACCUGUAGUAAAAGGUAUUUGUGAAGUCGUCUUGACACGUUCAGAGGCGUCUGCAGCUCUAACACUGUCCAUACAAGCAUGUGUUUUCAAAACCCAUUUUCCAUUGUAAUUUUCAUGGAUAUCAUUACUUUUAUUUCACAGAAAACUUUUAUGUCUCAGUGACUUCCCCAGAAGGGACCACCUAUGAGGAGGUUCUAGAACAUUAUGCGGUACAAGAUGCUUGUCACGUACGUUCUAGUAAACUAACCACUUACCCUUCUAGGAUUCACUUAGCUUUUACGACAGACCUUUCAUAUAGGGCUUUCCCUGUCACCUCCCUGGAGAAUUUGACAAAGUCAAGGAUUUCUUUUAUAACAAACUCCUUAUCCACUCUUUCCUUCUCAAACACAGAAGAGUUUUCAGAGGCUCUAGAGACAUCUUUACCAGUAUAUCUGAAACCUGGGAUUCUCUAUCCAAGUGUCCUGACACCUUGCCUUAUUUUAAUGUUUUUGUUAAAAUUCUUAUAUGUGUGUGUUAGGAAAGCCUUAUAUUUGUUUAUAUAUCUUGAUAGUAGACGUAAACGUCUUAAUGAAGGAGUUUCAUACACAUAACAUGGUUAGGUACACUGUAUUCGUGAGGACGCGUCAAGUAGGUGACCGAGCGAUGUAACGGUGUCACAUGAUUAAUAAUAUGUAUUGUAUUUAUAAUGCCUUGCCUGAUUAGCAAUAUAAGUGUAUGUAUACAUAUAUGCAUAAGUGUAGAUAGUGGGUGUUGGCGCAUAAGGCUGGGGCGGAUAUGAUCACGCCACCCUACGUCACACACACACACACACAAACACACACACACCAUGGAACUUUCCGUACUCCUUUUAUUGCCAUCGAUAAGUAAUCGGUAUCACCUACAUUAUAGUAUCUAAGUAUUCUCCAUAGUUAAUCUCUCCCUAAUGUAUUUUGGCAUGUAUUACUCUUAGCUAUAAGUAGCUUUUUCCUUGCCUUAUUUAUGUAAUUAGAAAGUUAUAAUUAUGAAUAUAUUCAUGUACUGUGAGUGCGGUGAACCCGCCCCUAUUUCUACUGUCAGCACUUUUUGAAGGCGCUAAGCGUCCCUUGUGCCGGCUCCGGCAGUCUCUUGCCAGGGUGUAACGCUGUACCACGCAGAGGACAUCCGUUGUCCCGUACGCGCCACACCCUUCUCCAGAACUCUGUACAUAUAUCUAAAUAUACCUAUUUUUAUACGUUCACCUUUUGACAUUCAACUGAAAACCACAAAAACUCACCAAGUGACUUUACCUAUUAUACAAAGGUAAGAAACUAAUGAACAGUGUCCAGCGCUAAUUGAUAAUUCAAAACCACCCUGGAACAAGUAUUGUGACCAUUUAAGUUUUUUUAAUAUAUUUUUUUACGUUUUUGCAUAAUUGACUCGUUUGCCUUAUCUAUUUUUUUAUUUUUUUUUAUUUCUAUUUAUUUAUUUAUUUUUAUUUAUUUAUUUAUUUUUUUUUUUUUUUUGUACAUAAUGUUUCCAGGAUGUAUUACUUGUAUUUCUAAGUAAGUUGAGCGUUUAUUUUAAGUCCUGUUAUUUUGGCAGCAUGUUAUUUUGUCUAUUUGACAAUUUCUUCACAGUCAGAGAAGCAAAAGUUUUCCCUCAUUCAAGCUAGAGAGGAUUUUUUUUUUUUUUCUCUCUUUUCACAGCCAAUUAAGCUAAGGUUUUCAUAAUCACGCUAGUGGUCUUUUCACAGCGAGGAGAGGAGGAAAACUUUUCAUAACCACACGAGAAAGAAAAAUUUUAGUCUUUUCACACCCAGAGGAAAAGUUUUCAAUCACUCAAGUCAGGAAUAGGAAAAUGUAGCUUUUCCUGCCAAAAAAAAGGAAAAAAAUUCAUUCACGAGCAAGGAAGAGGAAUUUUUUUUUUUUCUUAAUGACAAGAACAAAUAUAUCCAUAAACACAAGAAAAGGAAAAAUUUUAAUGCACUUUUCAGUCAAAGAAACAGAUCUCCCACACCAAACCAAACCUACCCAAAUCACCACUCUCACCCACAUCAAGCAUAACCUAACCAAACCUAACCUUUUCUCUACCACCCACCCACCAGACCAGGCACCCCACCAGACUUCUCCCACCCAACUACCACCACACAACCACACACCACCACCACUAUCAGACCCAAGCAAAACAACACACUACUAACCAAACUAAACUUAAUCACCAAUUUGUUUGCCUCCUAACCAGACCAGGGACCCCACCAGGAGGCCUCUCCCAGCCGAUUACUUCUACCAGUUUAGGCGUGUACAUCAAUUACAGGGAGGUACUGGCGCGCCUUGAGCUGGCCCCAGGUUCCUACCUGCCACCUUUACGCCAGACACGCUCGGACAGUUCAUGCUCAGGGUGUAUUCCUCAAAACCCUUCCAUCUGUCACCCCUGCCCCUGCCUAUGACGGGUGAUGGGGCCAAGAGGGAGGGGUGAUGGAAGGAGAGAUAAAGAACGUGGGAAAGGAGAGAUAAGUAGGCCUAUCGUCUCCGCUCGGCCCCUUUUACCACCAGCAGCGAGAGAGGGAGGUUGAGGGGCGGAGGACUCGUGGUGGGACGCUGAAGGAGGCAGUGAAGGUGUGAAGUGUGCGGUUUCCACUUCAUGAACAGCUACAAGAAUCUCUACCAACACUUACUACUGCACUACUGGCAUCUGGUUAUCAAGUAGUGCUGCCAUAUGAGGCCUGACAUUCUCCAUUGCAAUCAGGGAAUCAAGUUCCACCAGGAAGAGAGGCCGUGUCUCUACCUUCAAGCCUGACAAGAGGUGUUAAAAAGUAUCAUCAGGACAAAGAAAGGGGCCUAGUUCAAGAGUUUUCAUUGUAAUCAAGGAAGUCAAGUUGCAGCAAGAAGAGUGGAAGUCAAAAAUUUUGAGCAGGAGCAAGAUUGUCAAGCAGUUAACAGCAAGAAGAGUGCAUGAAAUUUCCUUCAAGUUGUGGUGAGACUGACAAGCAACAUUGAGGACUUGCAGAGGCACUAGUUAUUGGCAGCUUCACCAGGAAGAGUUUGCUCCUCACUCAAGUUGAUACAAGAAUCAGCAAGCAUCACUACUUCCAGGCCCUUCUGCCAGAGUUCUCCACUCCAGUCUGGGAAGGAAGAAUGUAAGAAGUCUCUCUUCUAUACUCAACAAGCAUCACCACCUUCAUUCAGGCUUGGGAUAAGUUUUGUACAUUCCAGCACUUCAGUAAUAAGGAAAAUAAGUGCCAAGUUUAUCCUGUUGUGUAUUAACUUACCAUACACUGUAAAAAAUGCAGUAAAACCAUAAAAAUUCAA